AUGGCAGGAAUAGGAAGCCUAGUCGAUCUCUUGUUGUUCUACACACUUGAGAGAGUACUCUUCAAUCGAAUGGUUAGCCAAAUGUGCAAGAACCCCCAAUCGGUCAAGAUGGCCAUGUCCCUCUGGCUCAUGCUAGAGGAAAUUGGAUACUAUGACUUGACUCGAAUGGUCAACUCAUUUGAUGACUCGACCAUUGAAACCAUUUUCAAAGAGUCCUUAGCUUGUCUUGAAUGUAUUCAACCAGAUGCAGUAGAACCUACCGAAUCAGAUGACACACCGGUCUUCGUCAGCCUCUUCGACGAGCCCAUGAGCCGGAGGUUCUUCUACUACAACCGCGAGUUCAUGUAUAGACGAUAUAAUCAUACAAUGGACACGGUGUGUAACAAGAUUUUUGGGGAGCGGAGUGCCAUUGAAGUUUAUGAUCAGUGUAGUGCUGCUGAAGCAGUGGUCAGACCAGUUGGUGAGGGGACUAGUGGUGCAGCUGGGACGUUGUUGGCGGGUGGCUCUGGUGAAGAGUCGUGUUGCCGCGGUGGUGAGGCACCUAAGCAAUCCACAUUAAACCCUAAUGCUAGUGAUUUUGUUCCGGGACAAACUCGUGAUGAUACUAGGACGAUGUUCUUGACCUUCUCCAGGGGCUUUCCAUUAAGCCGCGAAGAAAUCAUCCACUUCUUCACUUCGUAUGUGUACAAUGUUGGUUCUUGGAGAUGGGGGGAUGUGGUUCAGGAUGUGGUGGUGGAACAAGCCGGCGGAGGAGUGCCACCACUGUAUGGGCGGAUUAUAUUCAAGACGGCCAUGAUCAUCCCAAUCAUCUUAAAUGGACAAGCCAAGGCAAAGUUCUUGCUCGGACGAAAACAUUUGUGGGCAAGGAUUUAUGUGCCACGUCAUCAAAGAUGA